UUGGAGGGCCAGAGCUGAGGCAAGGCUGAACAUGGGCAACUUGAAGAGUGUGGGCCAGGAGCCCAGGCCCCCAUGUGGCCUGGGGCUGGGCCUGGGCCUGGGGCUGUGCGGCAAGCAGGGCCCUGCCUCCCCGACCUCCUCAGAGCCCAGCAGGGCACCAGCACCCGCGCCCCCACCAGCACCAGACCUCAGCAGCCCCCCGCUCACCCGGCCACCGGACGGGCCCAAGUUCCCUCGUGUGAAGAACUGGGAGGUGGGGAGCAUCACCUACGACACCCUGAGCGCCCAGUCACAGCAGGAUGGGCCCUGCACCCCCAGACGCUGCCUGGGCUCCCUGGUAUUUCCACGGAAACUGCAGAGCCGGCCCCCUCAGGACCCUCCGUCCCCUGAGCAGCUGCUGAGCCAGGCCAGGGACUUCAUCACCCAGUACUAUAGCUCCAUCAAGAGGAGCGGCUCCCAGGCCCAUGAGCAGAGGCUUCAGGAAGUGGAAGCAGAGGUAGCAGCCACGGGCACCUACCAGCUUCGGGAGAGCGAGCUGGUGUUCGGGGCCAAGCAAGCCUGGCGAAAUGCUCCCCGCUGUGUAGGCCGGAUCCAGUGGGGGAAGCUGCAGGUGUUCGAUGCCCGGGAUUGCAGCUCUGCCCAAGAGAUGUUCACCUACAUCUGCAACCACAUCAAGUAUGCCACGAACCGGGGCAACCUCCGCUCGGCCAUCACAGUGUUCCCCCAGCGCGCCCCAGGCCGCGGAGACUUCCGAAUCUGGAACAGCCAACUGGUGCGCUAUGCGGGCUACAGGCAGCAGGACGGCUCGGUGCGGGGGGACCCAGCCAACGUGGAGAUCACUGAGCUCUGCAUCCAGCACGGCUGGACCCCAGGAAACGGCCGCUUUGACGUGCUGCCCCUACUGCUCCAGGCCCCAGAUGAGCCCCCAGAACUCUUUGCUCUGCCCCCUGAGCUGGUCCUCGAGGUGCCCCUGGAACACCCCACGCUGGAGUGGUUUGCAGCCCUGGGCCUGCGUUGGUAUGCCCUCCCGGCGGUGAGCAACAUGCUGCUGGAAAUCGGGGGACUGGAGUUCCCUGCGGCCCCUUUCAGCGGCUGGUACAUGAGCACUGAGAUUGGCACGCGGAACCUGUGUGACCCUCACAGAUAUAACAUCCUGGAGGAUGUGGCGGUCUGCAUGGACUUGGAUACCAGGACAACCUCAUCGCUGUGGAAAGACAAGGCAGCGGUGGAAAUCAACUUGGCUGUGCUGCACAGUUACCAGCUGGCCAAAGUGACCAUCGUGGACCACCACGCUGCCACCGCCUCCUUCAUGAAGCACCUGGAGAAUGAGCAGAAGGCUAGGGGGGGCUGCCCUGCCGACUGGGCCUGGAUCGUGCCCCCCAUCUCUGGCAGCCUCACCCCUGUCUUCCAUCAGGAGAUGGUCAACUAUGUCCUGUCCCCGGCCUUCCGCUAUCAGCCAGACCCGUGGAAGGGGAGUGCAUCCAAGGGUGCCGGCAUCACCAGGAAGAAGACCUUUAAGGAAGUGGCCAAUGCGGUGAAGAUCUCUGCCUCACUCAUGGGCACCGUGAUGGCAAAGCGAGUGAAGGCGACCAUCCUGUAUGGCUCCGAGACCGGCCGGGCCCAGAGCUACGCCCAGCAGCUGGGGAGACUCUUCCGGAAGGCUUUCGACCCCAGGGUCCUGUGCAUGGAUGAGUACGAUGUGGUGUCCCUUGAGCAUGAGACGCUGGUGUUGGUGGUGACCAGCACAUUUGGGAAUGGUGAUCCCCCGGAGAACGGAGAGGUGAGGUCUAGCAGGAAAGGGGCCACUGGAAAUGAGGGGAGACUCAAAAUGGGGUGGUUGGGCAGGAACCCCACCUCCAUGAUGGAUAGUGGAGAUGCCUUGAGAGUCCCCCAGAGUGCAAGUGUGGACAUUUCACUGGGACCCGAGAGCCUGCACAAGCCAUACUCCAGCCCCACCCCUCACAGUGUGUCCCCGGGUCAUUUCCAUUAUCCAUGCAAGUGUUUAAUAUGUGGAAGGCACUUGGCUGGCCGACGAGGUCAGACUGCUCUCAAGCACUGACUAGUUAGAAAAACAGCGAUACUCCACUUACUACUCAAUUUCAGCUUUCUCUUUUCUUCUUUCCUUAACAAAAGAAAAGAGCACUGCUCAGAUGUCAACAGAGAUUAGGCAACUUCACUUUCUGCACAAAUCUUUAAAGAAACAAACUAGAGCACCACCACUGAACACUUUAUUAUCAGCCACUAUCUUCCCAGCUUCUCUGUCCUGGCAGCCCCGGCUACAGUCAUUCCUCAUGCCCUUGGCUGCGGCAGCUUCUAGGUGAUAAAUGCCUCCUGAGCGCUGGGUACCUCCUCAAGCAGCCCAAAGCAGAAUUCUGAGGCAAGUUCCCACCGCCCCCCUGCCGACCAUGCUGCCCAUUUCAGCCGUCAUUCUGAUCUGCCUCGUAAAGAAUAACAGAAUCACUUUCUUUUUUAGUAUAAAAGUGGUAUUUACACUACCCUAUGAAGACACAGAACAUUUCCAUCACCUAGGCAGUCCCCUUGUCAGUGCCCCCAGCCAGCCCCUUCCCAGUCCAUCCCUUCCGUCAGCCAGGUUAGUUUUGCCUGCUCUAGGAUGUCACAGAAAGGGGAGCACACAGUAAGGACUCGGCCUGUGUCUGAGGCUCAUCCCACUGUGAGCGAUUCAGUGCCUCGCUCCUUUCUACUGCCUAGCAGCGAGCAGCGUUCACUCUGUGAACACACUGUUUCUCUGU